UCUUACUCUCUCAAUUACUAUCGGACUCAUAGUUGCUGUGGAAUCUAGUUUUUUUUGUUUUAUUUCGCCUUAUGUAGUUUUUCCCCUCUUUACAGAUGGAUUUUCACAGAGGUCCCUCCUGCUUGUCAGUACUGUUACUCGUUCUUUUUAUUGGAAACAUCCAAAGCUCCAGGAAACCUGUCCCCAGAAAACAAGAUCGACUGGGCCCUCCGUUAGAUGUCAAUCUUAGAGCCGUAAACUGUACAGCGUUCAGUGUACAAUGGAGUAUGCUAAGGCAGCACGCGAGUAUCAUCACUGGGUACACGGUUUUCUACACAGAAGUCAUAAAUGGUAAAUUGGUGAAGCAGUUAACACAUGACGUUCCCCUUAAGCUGGACAUGCUAAACAUGGGGCAGCUUGAUACAGUGGUAACUUUUGAGGUAAUCCUUGGUAAUUUAAAACCAGGAACCCUUCACCGUGUUAGUGUAGGAGCCUAUAGCUGGGCUGGGAAAGGAAGACCAAGUAUGGCAAGAGAUGUGUCAACUUUACCUCUAGUAAUAAAACUUUUUAACAAUAUAAACUUCUUCUUUUCACAGCUUAAACCGCUCCCUCCAAGCAAAGGGGGGAAAAAGAAAUUUGUGGUGGAAACAAAGAUCACUCCAGGGACAUAUACAAAGAUUGUUCCUUUGCGAACCACAACUACUGCGUCCCCAGCCACAACAUCCGUAUCUACAAAAGCUUUAUUGAUCACUACAACUGUUCGCUCUACUCUGCUCACCACCACUACUGCUAAACCAACGGCUGCUAAACCCAUGAGGAGAAAUGGUUUGUUCUCUCCACCUAGAUUGUUUGAUUUGACCUGCGAGGAAACCAUCUGCCCUUUGGAUAGCUUCUGUCUUAAUGACUAUGACCGUGGCGGUUCCCAGUGUCAUUGUAAUCUAGGGAAAGGUGGAGAGACGUGUGAAUAUGACAUAAAUGUUCAAUAUCCCCAGUUUUAUGGGCAUUCAUACAUGACGUUUGAGCCAUUGAAAAACUCCUACCAGACAUUUCAAAUUACAAUUGAAUUCAGGACACAAGGGGAUGAUGGUUUGCUGCUCUACUGUGGAGAAAAUGAAUACGGCCGUGGGGAUUUUUUGUCUCUAGCAAUAAUUCGCAGAAGUGUGCAAUUUCGGUUUAACUGCGGUACAGGGGUUGCGGUUAUUACAAGUGACCGUAAAAUCAAGCUGGGCACUUGGCAUGUUGUCACUAUAUUCAGAGAAGGACUUACUGGAUGGCUGAAACUUGAUCAUAAUUCACCUGUAUCAGGGAGAUCACAGGGGCAAUAUAGUAAAAUCACAUUCCGUACCCCUUUCUACCUUGGUGGAGCACCCAGUGCCUACUGGUUGGUGAAGUCAGCUGGGACGAACCGUGGCUUUAAAGGCUGUGUUCAGUCUUUGUCUGUAAAUGGGCGAAUGAUUGAUAUGAGGCAGUGGCCACUCGGAAAGGCCUUGAGUGGGGCUGAUGUAGGUGACUGCAGCAGUAGUGUCUGUGAUGACGCAUCAUGCAUGAACGGAGGCUCCUGCACAUCUAGAUCAGCUGAUACAUACAUGUGUCUGUGCCCCAUUGGAUUUCAAGGCCAGCAUUGUGAGGAGGCUUUUACCCUCGCAAUUCCACAAUUUAACAAGUCUAUGAGAUCUUUCGCUGUAACAAGAUGGCCGUUUGAGUCGCAGCACUACCUGUCCUUUAUGGAAUUUGAUAUGACGAUUCGUCCAGACGCAGAAGAUGGGACAAUAUUGUACAGUUUUGACACAGACAGCAAAGAUUUUGUAUCGAUUAACCUUGUGAACAGCUAUGUAGUAUUUAGAUUUGACUGUGGCUCGGGAACAGCCGUGAUAAGGAGUGAAAAACCGGUAACCAUGGGGCAGUGGCAUGAUCUACGGGUGUCUCGUACAGCAAAGAAUGGCAUUUUACAAGUGGACAACCAAAAGCAAGUGGAAGGAUUAGCAGAGGGGGCGUUCACACAGAUAAAGUGUAAUGCUGACAUAUACAUCGGGGGAGUUCCUAAUUACGACACUGUAAAGAAGAACUCCGGAGUCCUCCGGCCUUUCGGUGGGAGCAUUCAGAAGCUUAUCAUUAAUGACCGGAUCAUUAACCUGGUGCAUGGGCUGACUUCUGGAAUAAAUCUGGAGAACACAAUACAUCCGUGUGCAAAUGCCCCAUGUGAAAAUGGAGGAAGCUGUAGGCCAAAACAUGAUAGCUAUGAAUGCGACUGUUCUUUAGGCUUCGAUGGAAAGAACUGUCAAAAAGUUAUAACAGAUGCCAUAGAAAUUCCACAGUUUAUCGGCCGCAGCUACCUCACUUAUGACAGCCGCGAGAUUCUGAAACGAGUCUCUGGAACUCGGACGAACAUAUUUAUGCGAUUUAAGACAUCAGUAAAAGAUGGUCUUCUCAUGUGGAGAGGUGACAGUCCUAUGAAGGCAAAUAGUGACUAUAUUUCUUUGGGUCUACAGGAUGGAAGUUUAGUUUUUAGCUAUAACCUGGGAAGUGGGAUGGUCUCUAUAACUGUAAAUGGCACUUUCAGUGAUGGAAGAUGGCAUAGAGUAAAGGCUGUACGCGAUGGCCAAUCUGGAAAGGUAACAGUAGAUGAUUAUGGAGCAAGGACGGGAAAAUCACCUGGUUUGAUGCGCCAACUUAAUAUAAAUGGAGACCUUUAUGUUGGUGGAAUGAAAGAAAUCGCUCUACACACUAAUAGGCAAUACAUGGGCGGGCUGAUUGGGUGCAUCUCGCAUUUUACACUCUCUACAGACUUCCACGUUUCAUUGGUUGAGGAUGCAGCUGAUGGGAAAAAUAUUAAUACCUGUGGAACAAAAUAGAAAAACUAAAUUAGUAACUAUUUGAUCCCUUUUACUUAUGGAACAAAGGAAGAUUUUUUUGCACUCUAGAGACAAUCUGCUGUCUGACAUUCCAAAAAAAGUUUCAAGGACAUCGAAGGAUACAACCAAAAAUAAUACUUAAUGUUUUCUUUUUCUAAACCAAAUUUAGAUAUUUUUACAAGGUUUCCAAAACGUUGAGAUUCAUAUAUGAUGAAAAGGAGUCUCACACUAACCUGUAGAUCUGAGGGGCUUACAGUUCUCAUGAUUUCAAGAUAUAGAAAACCAAGCGCUUCAUAAAGUAUGGUGUCUAUUUUACCUGCUCUUCCUGUAAUUUUCCCUUUCUUGGUGUUACACGCUUGUUAGCCACAUGUUUAAGUCCCCUAUGACAUCUGUUUUAUGUGAUUAUGUCAUCGGAAAUGGAAGAGCAGCAGAUAUAUUUACUAGCAUUUAAAAUAGGUGUUAACUGAUGCAAGGCAAGUACACAGCUAUAAUAUUACUAGAUCACUCUUUAGUAAUUAGGACAUAAACCUUUAGAAAAUAAGCUCUUUUUUCCCUAUGCAGAUGCAAAACUGAUGAGUUUUAGUAGAAGUAUUUUGCUAAUGCAUGUGCAUUGGAAAUAUGUUUCUUUUCAAAACAGAAAUACUUACAUGUGUGUUUCAAUUUUCAAUUUGAUAUCCCUUUAUAGUGGCAUCUUUGACAAAAAAGUAAGUUAUAGUAAAAAGUGUCAGUUUAUAGGUAUAAGCGCUUUUUCAUCUUACAUAUAUGCAAUGAACGUUUACAUUCCACUUAUCUUAGAAAUAACUUAUAGGAUGGCAAAAUCUUAACAAAUGUAUUUUACAUGUUAAGGUUUAAACCUGAUUCCCUUGGUAAAAUGUGUAUUUCUUCUAAUUAACCCAUUGGGUAUAUUUUAUUAGUGAACUAUAAAGGAAGCUCACUUUUUAUUUAUUUUUUAAUAAACUUCAUACUAUUACCAUA